AUGGGGGCUGGAAACAACACCACUGUGGUAGAGUUUACUCUUUUGGGGUUAUCUGAGGAUACCGCACUAUGUGCUAUUUUAUUUCUUGUGUUUCUAGGAAUUUAUGUUGUCACCUUAAUGGGUAAUAUCAGCAUAAUCAUGUUGAUCAGAAGAAGUCAUCAUCUUCAUACAUCCAUGUACCUUUUCCUCUGCCAUUUGGCCUUUGUAGACAUUGGGUACUCCUCAUCAGUCACACCUGUCAUGCUCAUAAGCUUCCUAAGGAAAGAAACCUCACUCCCUGUUGCUGGUUGUGUGGUCCAGCUCUGCUCUGUACUGACGUUUGGUACAGCUGAAUGCUUCCUGCUGGCUGUCAUGGUCUAUGAUCGCUAUGUGGCCAUCUGCUCGCCCCUGCUCUACUCUACCUGCAUGUCCCCCAGAGGCUGCAUCACCUUAGUGGGCAUGUCCUACCUGGGUGGAUGUAUGAAUGCUUGGACAUUCAUUGGCUGCUUAUUAAGACAGUCCUUCUGUGGGCCAAAUAAAGUCAAUCACUUUUUCUGUGACUAUUUACCACUUUUGAAGCUUGCUUGUUCCCAUGAUUUUACUGUUGAAAUAAUUCCAGCUAUCUCUUCUGGAUCUAUCAUUGUGGCCACUGUGUGUGUCAUAGCCAUCUCCUACAUCUAUAUCCUCAUCACCAUCCUGAAGAUGCGCUCCACCGAGGGCCGCCACAAGGCCUUCUCCACCUGUACCUCCCACCUCACUGCAGUCACUCUGUUCUAUGGGACCAUUACAUUCAUUUAUGUGAUGACCAAGUCCAGCUACUCAACUGACCAGAACAAGGUGGUGUCUGUGUUCUACACGGUGGUGAUUCCCAUAUUGAACCCCCUGAUCUAUAGCCUCAGGAACAAGGAGAUUAAGGGGGCUCUGAAGAGGGAGCUUAGAAUAAAAAUAUUUUCUUGA